GCUGUGAUGGCCCUUCUUUGCGGACUAAGCCAAGAUGGUCAGACAGAACUAAAUGAGAGUCCAUAUACUAAAUCUGCAAACCAGACAAAACCACCUGAAGGAGCAUUAGCUGUAAGGAGACAAAGUAUUCCAGAGGAAUUCAAGGGCUCAACAAUAGUUGAACUAAUGAAGAAAGAAGGUACCACUUUGGGACUUACUGUAUCUGGCGGAAUUGACAAGGAUGGGAAACCAAGAGUAUCCAACCUUCGCCAAGGAGGCAUUGCUGCUAGAAGUGACCAAUUGGAUGUGGGAGAUUACAUCAAAUCUGUGAAUGGCAUCAAUUUAACCAAGUUUCGUCAUGAUGAGAUCAUUAGUUUACUCAAGAAUGUUGGUGAAAGAGUUGUAUUAGAAGUGGAGUAUGAGCUGCCACCAAUCUCUGUUCAAGGAUCAGGUGUCAUUUUUAGAACUGUAGAGGUUACUUUACAUAAAGAAGGGAACACUUUUGGCUUUGUAAUAAGAGGUGGAGCACAUGAUGACAGAAAUAAAUCUCGUCCUGUUGUAAUAACAUGUGUUAGACCUGGAGGGCCUGCUGACAGAGAGGGAACAAUCAAGCCGGGUGACAGGUUGCUUAGUGUUGAUGGGAUUCGGCUUGUUGGAACAUCACACAGUGAAGCCAUGAGUAUUCUCAAGCAAUGUGGGCAGGAAGCGACUCUGCUGAUAGAAUACGAUGUCUCCAUAAUGGAUUCGGUAGCAACAGCUUCUGGGCCACUGCUUGUUGAAGUUGCCAAAACUGCUGGUUCUGCUCUGGGAGUUGCACUAUCUACCUCGAUGUGCUGCAGCAAACAAGUUAUUGUCAUUGACAAAAUAAAAUCUGCAAGUAUCGCAGACAGAUGUGGCGCAUUACAUAUAGGAGAUCAUAUUCUUUCCAUUGAUGGCACCAGCAUGGAGUACUGUACAUUAGCAGAAGCAACACAGUUCUUGGCUAAUACUUCCGAUAAUGUCAAACUUGAAAUCCUUCCUCAUCAUCAGACACGGCUGGCUCUAAAGGGACCAGAGCACGCAGCCCUGGUGUCUUCAUCCUUCUCUUCUGCCUCCAUGAGUGCAUACAGCCUAAGUUCCUUGAACAUGGGGACCUUACCUCGCAGUCUUUACUCUACUAGCCCACGGGGAACCAUGAUGAGAAGGCGAAUGAAAAAGAAGGAUUUCAAAAGCUCGUUGUCCCUUGCUUCUAGCACUGUUGGCCUGGCUGGGCAGGUUGUCCACACAGAAACCAUGGAAGUAGUGCUGACAGCUGACCCUGUUGUAGGAUUUGGGAUACAGCUCCAGAGUAGUGUGUUUGCUACUGAGACCUUGUCUUCACCACCUCUGAUAUCAUAUAUUGAGCCUGACAGCCCAGCAGAAAGGUGUGGCAUCUUACAAAUCGGAGACAGGGUACUGGCUAUAAAUGGGAUCCCAACUGAAGAUAGCACUUUUGAUGAAGCUAAUCAGCUGCUCAGAGAUUCUUCUAUCACUAGCAAGGUCACUUUGGAAGUAGAAUUUGAUGUUGCAGAGUCUGUCAUACCAAGUAGUGGCACUUUUCAUGUAAAACUACCAAAGAAGCAUAAUGUAGAGCUUGGAAUCACCAUAAGCUCUCCAUCCAGUCGAAAACCAGGAGAUCCUCUUGUUAUUUCUGAUAUUAAGAAGGGAAGUGUAGCACACAGAACUGGAACAUUAGAACUAGGUGAUAAACUGCUUGCCAUAGACAAUAUUCGACUGGAUAACUGUUCCAUGGAAGACGCUGUUCAAAUCCUGCAGCACUGUGAGGAGCUUGUAAAGCUAAAAAUCCGGAAAGAUGAAGAUAACUCUGAUGAACAAGAGAGCUCAGGAGCAAUUAUUUAUACUGUUGAGCUCAAGCGAUAUGGAGGACCUCUUGGGAUCACUAUUUCUGGCACUGAAGAGCCCUUUGAUCCCAUUAUCAUCUCCAGUCUUACUAAAGGCGGACUCGCUGAAAGGACAGGUGCAAUUCACAUUGGAGACCGGAUCUUAGCAAUAAACAGUAGCAGUCUAAAAGGAAAACCAUUGAGUGAAGCUAUACAUUUGUUACAGAUGGCAGGAGAGACAGUAACCUUGAAAAUCAAAAAGCAAGCAGAUGGUGAGUCAACAAGCCCAAAGAAGUUCCCUGCCUCUGGUCACCUAAAUGAAUCAAGUGAUAUGGAAGAAGAUGCAGCGACCACACAAAAACCAGGCAAACUUUCAGAAAUAUACUCCACCACUGUCCCAAGUGUGGACAGUGCUGUAGAGUCAUGGGAUGGCUCUGGUAUAGACAAUAGCUACGGAAGCCAAGGUCCCAGUUAUCAGGCUUCAGGAUACAGCUUCAAUACCUUUGAAUGGAGAAGUCCCAAACAAAGGGGCAGUUUGUCUCCUCCAAAUAGACCCAGAACAAACCCCUUCCAUGAUACAGGGCUAAGUGAUGAUGAAUGGGACAAAACAGCAACAAGCAGCUUUGCAGGUGCCCCUGAGACUGAACAGGAGGAAAAUUUCUGGUCUCAAGCACUGGAGGACUUGGAGACCUGUGGACAGUCAGGAAUUCUGAGGGAAUUAGAGGACAAGGCUGACAGGCGUCUGUGUUUGAGAAACAUGACUCUCUUGGCAACAAUUAUGUCAGGGAGUACAAUGAGUCUGAACCACGACAACCUACAGCAUCGCAGCCAUCUGGGAAGGCAAGCCAGCUUCCAGGAAAGAAGCACUUCAAGGCCGCACUACAGCCAGACGACCCGUAGCAACACAUUGCCAUCUGAUGUGGGCAGGAAGUCUGGAGCUCUGCGGAAAAUGAAGCAAGAGAUGAAGGAGAUAAUGUCACCAACUCCUGUGGAGUUACACAAGGUAACUUUGUACAAGGAUUCUGACAUGGAGGACUUUGGGUUCAGCGUAUCAGACGGCUUGCUGGAAAAAGGCGUGUAUGUUAAAAAUAUUCGACCAGCUGGACCUGGAGAUGUGGGUGGUUUGAAGCCAUAUGACAGACUUCUACAGGUAAAUCAUGUUCGCACAAGAGACUUUGACUGCUGUCUAGUUGUGCCCCUCAUAGCAGAGUCUGGUAAUAAAUUAGAACUCGUUAUUAGCAGAAAUCCUCUAGCCUCUCAAAAGAUGAGCGCCGAGCAACAGACUUUUGCCACUGGGGAAUGGAAUGAUGCAAACAAUGCCUUUCUUCAACAAAGUGGACACAACACUGGUUCAGAGAUGCCACGGGAACCUACGAACACUUUAUAGCCAAAAACUGUAUUAGUACAAGACAUUUAAAUGGUGCUAUAUCCCUAUGAGAUUUCUGCUACACUGGAGACACAACUCUUAAGAAGCACAGGGGAGUCUAAUUAUUUCUCAAGACUCGU